CCUGAUGACCCAUAUCUAUACCUAUCAUAAGAGCAAACCCGGCGACAUUGACAUUAAGCUCUUUUGAAGGUUUAGAUAAGGUACGGGCAAUGGGAUGCAUCCGGCAGCGACUACGCCUCCCUCUGCCAUGUACCGGAUACCACCGCCGACAGCGGGGGGUAUAAAUGAGCCUCAGGAAUGCCCGUACUGCCGUCGCACCUUCUCCUGCUAUUACUCCCUGAAGCGUCAUUUUCAAGACAAACACGAACAAACGGACACCCUAUUUGUUUGCGAGUUCUGCAAUCGUCGUUAUCGAACGAAAAAUUCACUUACGACGCACAAGAGUCUUCAGCAUCGCGGCUCGAGCGGCAUGUUGAAGAGGCUACUCAAGACAUCAGCCAUGAAGAACGUCUUAGGUAGCAUGCAACAGGCACAUCAACAGUUGCAGCAACAGCCGCAAUGAAAAUGGCCGAAUUUAAUAAUAGAUCAUCAACAAGCUCCUGUUGUUGUCUCACGCCGCCGGUUACUUUCAUCUAAUCUUGAUGAUCAUCCUCCUCCUCCUACUACUCCUCCUACUCCUCCUCCUCCUCCUUCUCUUCAUUCUCCUAAUCCACCUGAUCCUAAUUUUUCUUAUCCUUUAGAUCAUUCUCUACUUCUACCUCCUCAAAAUCUUUCAUCUAAUCGAUACCAUCGUCAACAUCAUUAUUAUCAUCAAUAUCAUCAAUAUUAUCAUUAUCAUCAUUAUCAUCAUUACCGUCAU